GGCUGAUAAAAUAGAUAAACAUUCCUUAAUCUCUCCGCGUUUUCUUCUUCUUCUUCUUCUUCUUCUUCUUCUUCGCGUCGACUGCUUUAUUCACUUGAGACAACAAAUUUGAAUUCCACAACAUCCUCAAAGUUUCCUCCUUUCCUCUUCCCGAUCAGGUACGCCCUUGUUGAUUGCGUUUCAAUCACUCUCAGAUUCAACAACAACCCCACUUAGCUCAAACCCUGAUCAAAGUCUAAAUCCUUGUUUCCUCUCUCUUUAAAGCUUCGAUCUUUAUCUCCUCUGGGCAGGAAUGGCGGCGGAUAUGCUACCUGUCUACCUCAUUAUAUUGGCGUUUAUAUGCACCGGCGGAGCCAUUGCUUUGGCCUUGUUCCAUAUCUACAAGCACCUCUUGAACUACACGGAACCCAUUUACCAGAGAUAUAUAGUUCGCAUUGUCUUCAUGGUCCCUGUCUACGCCUUGAUGUCUUUCUUGGCUCUCGUCUUGCCCAAAAGCUCCAUUUACUUCAACUCUAUCCGAGAAGUUUACGAAGCGUGGGUGAUUUAUAACUUUCUUUCCUUGUGCUUGGCAUGGGUUGGAGGACCAGGUUCAGUUGUAAUAAGCUUAACUGGCCGCUCUUUGAAGCCUUCAUGGCAUCUCAUGACUUGUUGCUUCCCACCUCUACCACUAGACGGGCGUUUUAUUCGACGGUGCAAGCAAGGUUGUCUGCAGUUUGUAAUCCUGAAGCCAAUCCUAGUUGCUGUCACACUUGUGCUCUACGCAAAAGGGAAGUACAAGGAUGGAAACUUUAGCCCUAAUCAAUCCUAUCUCUAUCUUACCAUCAUCUACACGAUCUCAUACACAGUAGCUUUGUAUGCGCUGGUUCUCUUUUACGUGGCUUGCAAAGAUCUCCUAAAGCCAUUCAAUCCAGUCCCCAAGUUUGUGAUUAUUAAGUCUGUUGUCUUUCUUACAUAUUGGCAGGGUGUUCUAGUUUUCCUUUUUGCUAAAUCUGGAUUUAUAAGGGAUGAAGAAGAAGCAGCGCUGUUUCAAAACUUUAUAAUAUGUGUGGAGAUGCUUAUUGCUGCAGCUGCACAUUUCUAUGCAUUUCCUUACAAGGAAUAUGAAGGUGCCAAUGUUGGAGGAGCACACAGUUUCUCAGCAAGUCUAGCACAUGCUGUUCAGCUAAAUGAUUUCUACCAUGAUACUGUUCACCAGUUUGCACCGGCGUAUCACGAUUAUGUGCUGUACAACCACAAUGAUGGUGGUGAGGAAGGGACGACGAAGUAUCGAGUACGAACAUUUGUGCCAACUGGUCAGGAAAUGGAUGCUGUCAGAAAGAACAAACACAUGUUUGGAAACAAGAUAGAGGGUGUUUCACCCUCCAGUCACUCGUCCUCGGGAACAAGCACACCGAAAACUUCAGGUGCAACUUCUGAUCCUGCACGCCCCGAGACCAUGAAAUCUUCUUUGUUGGUAGACGCCUCGGACUCUGCUUCCACAAUGUAUGACAUGUCCCUCAUGGACAUUGAUAUAUCGAGCUACCCAAGUAAAGUACCUUCUGCAAAUGUAAGUGGAGGGCCUAGAUAGUGAGGAGGAAGAUGAUGAUGUAGGAUCCACCAUUAACAGUGACAAGAGUGUUAGAUUCAGGAGUUUCUCAAGUGUGUUGUUAAAACGGGAAAAUAUUAAUUGGAGAUUGAGAUGUAACUUGUUGUUCUGAUGAGUCUUCCACUGGUCACAGCUUAGUUCUUGUUUGUUGCUUGGUUCGCUAUUUUUUUGGUUUGUAGAUAUAAAAUGAUUACACAAUCUCAAAAGUUGUGAAACAUUUGGUGUGCAAUUAGAAAGAGUUAGAUAAUGUUUUGAGCU